CACUUUACCAAUCCGGAAAUUAACAAGUCUCAGAUACGACUCAUUCAACAGGUAUUCAAAUCAAGUGGACUUCAUGAGUCCCCAAUAGUAAACAACAUGAGGUUUUUACUUCCGUGGUCAGUAUGUUUACUGGCUGUUCUUCUGGGUAGUGCAGAUGCCCAAACAAGGGAACAAAUAAUUCAGAAUACAAAUGGCUACCAAGUGGAAAGAGCACCGACAUACAUAAUAAUGGCACCUAGGAAAGUGAGACCCAACCAAGUGUUCCAGAUUUUUGCAACAAUCCUGCGACUGGAGUACAGUGAAAUCAGCCUGAGGGUCUCCAUAAUUAAAGGAAACACAGAAUUUGCUGAAACAUUGAUGCAAUUUGAUCAGCCAGGAAGUCGAAUUAUGCAGAUGUUGAUGCCAGCCAAUGCUCAGGAUGGGAAAUACAAGCUGAAGGUUGAGGGAAUGCUGGAUGGUGGACAAGGUGGCUACGCCUUCUUCAACGAGACCGACUUACAGUUUGACGCUAAGCAGGCCUCCGUGUUCAUCCAGAUGAGCAAACCCAUCUAUAGACAGGGCCAGACAGUACAUUUUCGUGUAAUUCCCAUCUUGCCAGACAUGACACCGAUGUAUGGAAGCUUAACUAUCUAUGUCAACGACCCGACAGGUUUUCCAGUGCGUCGCUGGCUAGGCCUGCAGACCAAUGCGGGAGGCUUCGUGAGCCAGAACUUCACCCUCUCUGACCAACCCAACUAUGGCAACUGGUCCAUCCAAGUGGAUGCUUAUGGUUUCCAAUAUAACAAGUAUUUCCAGGUAGAAGAGUACUGGGACCCACGAUUUGAUGUCAAUGUGACAACAACACCGUAUGUGUGGGAUAAUAUGGAAUACGUCCGUGGAAGACUUAAUGCUAACAUCACAACCGGGCGGCCAGUGACUGGCAGUGCAGAUGUGACCUUGACUUUGGUGCCCCCAAACAAGGCUCCCUACUUGCAGUUGCUCAAUAACCCACUGUUUGCAAACAGACAGCCAUGGGACUUCAGCAUGUUCCCGAAGCUGUAUAGACAUUAUGAAUAUUUCAAGGGUACAAUCGACUUUGAGUUUGCACGCUCUGAUAUGAUGAUGAGGGUUCGUGAAAUGUUUCCCGUGGCAAUGGACCUCUUCGGGUUUGAGUGUGUAUUCAAUGUGAGUGUCAAGGACUGGUGGUUCAAUAUGACCCAGCACGGCUUUGCAAGCACCAUCAUCUUUGAUCCAUCAGUGCAGCUAGUCUUCAUUGGAGACAGCGUGAGAACCUUCAAGCCCGAUUCAGUGAUGACAAUCUAUGUUGCUGCCAUGUACCUAGAUGGAACCCCAGUGAAGUCUGAUUAUAGGAAGAUCCAAAUUACAAAACGUUACACUGGAUCCUCAGUUGCAAACAGUGCUAUCACUGCUCCAGAAGAAAAGAUUCCCAUCAAUGGAGUGGCUCAGUUUGAUAUUGAAAUACCUGCCGGGGUCGAUGCAGUUGAAAUAACGGCCCGCUACGAUUAUGAUGUAAUGACAACAAAGGACAUGAAGGCCACAGUCUACCAAUCACCCAGCAAGAGUUACAUCGCCGUGAGGACGUCAACUGAGAGCCCCAACGUCAAUGAGUUUAUGAUCUUCCAUGUGAAAACUAGCCACUUUGUGCCAAAGAUAUUUUACCAGAUCGUUGCUCAGGGCAACAUCCUGAUUGGGGAUGAACUGGAGAUGAUCUCGCGCCACAAGACGUUCGCCGUGGCCCUGUCCCGUGAGAUGGUUCCCACAGCGAGGAUAGUGGUGUACUACCUACAGACCUCCCCCGAGGAGAUGGUGGUCGAUACUCUCAACUUCUUUGUCAACGGCACCAGGAGCAAUCCGGUGUAUGCUGAAAUCAACAAAGGCAAGGACUUCACGCUGCACACACUGGAGAUCAAUGCCAUCGCUGAGCCGGGCUCCUAUGUGGCCUUCAGUGCCAUGCCCAAUGACCUCUAUAGCCGGGGCAUGAAUGACGGGCUCAAUGAGAACACGCUGAUAGACGAGCUGGUGAGUUAUGACGAGCCUGCGCGAGGGAGCUACCGCCAGCUGUGGCGCGUCAGUGACACCGAUUAUGAAUACAAGUUCUACCCUUCAACCGGCUAUGGAAUAGAUGCCAACUACACAUUUAAGCAUUCUGGCCUCUUGGUGUUUUCUGAUGCUACAAUCUACAGUGUACCAGACUACUGUAAUUGGAAUAUUGGAGAGCGGCCGUGUUUCCUGAGUGGCUGUUACCAUAUCAACCAGACAUGUGACGGCAAAAAGGACUGUCCUGAUUGGGCUGAUGAGCAAGGAUGUCCAGUACCAGAUCCCCGCUAUGUGGACAACCGCACGAUGAACAUGAUCUACCGAGUCAGUCGAAAUCUACGCUUCUACGAGGAUAGUGGAUGGGCAUGGCAGGAAAGAUUCGUCAAGCCUGAUGGGAUGGUGCAGAUGCGUGUGGAGCACCCCAGGUACCCGCUCACCUGGAUCAUCAAUGGCCUGUCUGUGAGCAGAGAAAAAGGACUGGGCCUUAUGCAGCGUCCUCUCAGGUAUGAUGCUACUCGGUACAUGUACAUCAUAGUCGAGGCCCCAGAAAUCAUCAUGCGUGGUGAGCAGAUUGGUGUGCGUGUGUCUGUGUUCAACUACUGGUUCAAUGACGACUAUCUAGAGGUGCUGCUUACCAUGGAAGAUGGUGGAGACAACUACAAGUUUGUGUUGGUGGACGAGAUGGGAAUAGUUAGCGCCUACAAGCCUAAAACAACCUCGGGUGAUCACCAAACCAUCGUCUUUUUGGAGCCUGGUGAAUCGAGGGACAUCUUAAUGCCAAUAGUGUCAACACUGGUACAGGGCGAGUUCACCUUCACAGUCACAGCUCAGUGUUUAAUGGAGAGAGACUACGUCACGAAGAAAAUACGGGUCUUGCCGGAUGGAGUAAGAAACUAUUACCACACGCCAUACUUGAUUGACAUGAUCCGGUACGGUUCAGAGACGAUUCCCCACCUGCAGAUUAACGUUCCAGAUCAGUUUGUUGUACCAGAAGUCAGAGAACACUUGUAUGUGCCAGGAUCCGGGCUUGCACAAGUCAGUCUGUUCGGUGAUGUUGUGACCCCCGGGUUCUUCAAGCUGUACAUGAACUGUGAGGACAUCUUCCGCAAGCCGUACGGUGCUGGAGAGAUGAACAUGUUCAACUUUGCGUACAACCUGCUCACGCUUAGGUUCAUGAAGACCAACCAGCAGUUGCCCCAGGAAACCCUGAGCACAGCUCUACAGUACCUAAAUGUUGGUCUGCAGCGACAGCUUAGUUACAUGAACUUAGACGGCUCAUUCCGCAUGUUCCAAGAUGACGAGGAAUCUACCAGCAUCUGGCUGUCCGCGUUUGUUGCCAAGACGCUUCAUGAGGCCAGGUUCGGGGAGUGGGAACGUGAUCUAUUCAUCCCCAUCAAUCUGAUUGAUAAGAUCGUGGUGUGGUUGUGCUCGAAGCAGAAUGAGACCGGAGCUUGGUACCCGGAGGACCAGAUCUUCGACAGGAAGUUUGCUUCAGUGAAAGCAGGCUCUGAUGCUUUGUUCGGUGAUCCUGUACCACUGACUGCCUAUGUCCUGAUUGCAUUGUACAAGAUUGAAGGUGACGUCUCUGGGGCUGCCCUGACAUGCAUCGACAAAGCCAGGACUCUCGCGUCGGAGUACCUGCUGAGGGAAUCCUACAACAUUGACAAUGAGGAGGUGUAUUUCCUUGCCAUCACGGCAUAUGCACUGUCCCUGAGCCAGCAGAAGAGUAGAACCAUAUUUGACAGACUUUGGAAUCUCAAGUACCAAGGCAACGAGAUCUACUUCUCUAACGCUGCCAUUCCUGACAACCCGUCAGAGUUUAUCAACGCUCUCCGCUACCUGAACCCACGAAUGGAGCAGAGCAAUGAUGCCUACGCAGUUCAGGCCACAGCCUACGCUCUCAUGGCCCACAUCAAGCACAACGGCAUGGGUCUCGAUCAGGAAACCAAGAUCCAGCGAGAUGCCAUGAUGCGUUGGCUCAACUACGAACGCAAUUUCAUUGGAGGAAUGGCUUCCACUCAGGACACGCUGAUCGGGAUGGAGGCGCUGUUCGAGUACACUCAGGUGGACCCCAACCGUAAUGUGUACAACGUGCUGAUCAAAAUGGAGGCCUCCUCCACUCCCACCUGGUCCACAUACUUUUCCCUGUCAAAGACCAACUACACCAUCAUGCAGAGCAGCUACAUCCCCCAGGGUUUUACAUACGGUACCAUUGGAGUGCAGGCUCAGGGUGUUGGCCGGUCCAUGAUGCAGCUUACGACCACUGUACAUGUUGAGUAUCCGUGGUUACUGAAGAAAACGGUCGACGAAAUCCAGUUCUUUGAGUUGACAGCGGAGAAUACAAGAUUCACCGGCAGGAACGACUCCAUCAUGGAGAUGACACCUUGCGUCAGGUGGGUGUACACUGACCGCAGUCAGCAGUCCGGCCUUACAGUGCUGGAGAUAGACCUGCCCACUGGGUUUGUGAUCAUGAACCACACCCUGCGAGACUACGUGCGCUCCAAACAGGUGCCCAAUUUGAAGAGGGCUGAAAUGUACUACAAUAAAGUGGUCUUCUACUUCUCACAUGUGGAUACUAGUAGGACGUGUGUGAAGUUCCGUGCAGACCGGUGGUACCCAGCAGGUAACGGCACCAUCCAGCACAGAUACCGCGUCUACGACUACUAUGAACCAGGUAUGCACAAUACAUCAAUCUGGACGACGUACAACCACUUCAUCCUGAACAUCUGCUACGUGUGUGGCUCAUAUCAGUGUCCUUACUGUCCUUACUUCAAUGGGGCUGAUGUCCUCAAAGCCACCUUCACGUUUGUGGCGCUCGUGUUAGGCUUCCUGAUGAAACGUUUCAUUGUGCGGACUCAUUAGUGCUUUAACAGAUUUUGUAUAUAGAUCUACUCAGAAAAUGAUUUCAAAAAUGUGUAUUGAAAUUAAUUUUUAUGUGACAAUUUCCAUUAUUUUUAUAAAGUGUGCAAACAUAUCUGCAAUAAGCAUUGAUAUGUUUUAUAUGACACAAACGUGUUUACACUAGAAAGGUCCACAGAUUUGUAAUACAAUUAUUCAUUUUUGUGCAGAGGAAAGGUGUAGUCGUGAUACAGCAAAAUUAAGGUCAAUGUUGUGUUUUUUUGCAAACAGAAGUUAAGUUGUUUAUAUUAAAUCAAGUUUUCAUUUGCAUGGGUACAAUUAAACAUAAUCCUGCUUUUGUUGGAUGAGUACUUGAAGUUCAGAUUAAAGGUUUGCAUGCUACAGUGCUGCAAAGAAAUUAAAAUAAUUCUGCUUUUGUAGGAUGAGUAUUUGAGGUUCAGAUUAAAAGUUUGCAUGCUACAGUGCUGCGAAGAAAUUCAAAUGGACGUUUGAAUGUCUCUAUCAAUGUAAGUGAUGUACAUGAGAUUUCCAAAUUAUUUUUUUUAUGGAAGUGUUACACCAAUCAAUUAUAAAAACAAUUUAAUAUCAUAAUUGUGGGUUGAUCUAAUUACGCAUUGAUUCGGUUGAUCAUUUUCAUUUUACAUCUGUACAUGCCUCAAGAAUUGAUAAGGUGAUAAGUUGAUUAUUUUUAAACCAUAACCUGAUAUAUGUUAUACAUAGACAUAUCAUGAAUUUUUUAUAAUUUCGUCAUUGUAUAUGCCAUUGUGUGUAUUUUGUACUCAUUUACUUUACUAAUUGAUUAAUAGAGUUGUAUAUAGAUGUAUAACACACAUAUAUUUUGUUUUGUAAUAAGCUGUACAUAUAUUUUCUCUUUUUCUACUUUUUGAACUGUAUGUAUUAUUGAAUGUAAAUCUCAUAUUCAUUUUUUAUUGUGAUGUAAUCACAAUCAGUACUGUUAGGUAAGUGUGUUGCAUUGAUAUUCUAACAUCCUAUAUUCCAAAUCAGGUACAAGAGUGUUUUAAUGUUUUCAGGUUCAAACUUCUGUACCACUUUGUAUUGUUGUAAUGAAUAUUUUCAGACUAACUUAGUGUUACAUAACUUUUCCAAAACGGUUUUGUGCUUUUCAAUAUAUUUUGCUCACGAUUGUAUGUGUACAAUAGAAACGUGUCAUUUUUAAUUGAUCAUAAUUUAUCAUGUGACUUGAUUCAUUGACUGAAGAUUGUUUAAACGUUGUCUACUACUCUUGAAACGUUUGAAAUAACUUCUCUUUCUUGGAGUAGGCCUAUGUAGUUGUCUGCAUUUUUACAAGUGUGUCCUGGUUUAUGCAUCAUGUACACUUGAAACAGGUCAUAAAACUACUUUAUUUAACACUAUAUAUUCCUCUUAUUUGAAAUUGAAUGUUUCUGAAGCUGUUUUGCAACAGCUUAAUUAAUAUUUAUAAAAGAAUAUUUAGGGAUAUCGAACAUUUUAAUUUAAAUAUUUAAAUUUUUGUCGGAAAUAUGUUGAUUUUAAAAACUAGCCUGAUAUGUUGUUAUUUAAUUCUUGUUUACAUAUCCAGGUGAUAUACAUGCCUCAAUACAUUUGUUAUUAAUUGAUAAACAUCAUAUUAACAUUGCGACCAUUGUACAUGUAACUUACUCAUAGACAUAUACCUAGCAAGUUAAGGCGUCAUUUUGUACUGCAUACAUUCCAUAUUACCUGUCAUACAUUCUAUAAUAAAGAAAAUAAACAAAAA